AUGACCGAUUGCCUCGCGUCUAGCAUUGGGAAUCAGUCACCGUGCUGUCCUUGUGGAGUCUUGUGGCCCAACAAGAGGAAGCUCUCCCCUGACAUUGCCCCUCCAAAGUGCGCCACUUCCAGUGCACCCCACUGUCAUGCCCGGCCGUGGACAGCCAGACCCUGCCAUCCCUCCCACCCCCGACCAAGCAUGGGGGUGCUCUACCCUCUCCAUUCAAAGCCCCUCUUCAACUGCCCACCCCCCACUACCUCCAAGACAGAGAUUCUGGGUUCUUGCAACUGCAGCCCCUCAGAGAGUGUAAGAGGGGCAGAAAAAGGAGAUCAGGAGCUGCUAGCGAAUAUAAAGCAGGCAGAAAAACAUGAAAAGGUGGGGCUGGCUGCCCUGAGGGCGUACAAACCUCCAACUCCUCCAAUGGCUGAAGCUACUUCCUCGAGCAGAUGGCAGCUGGCUCAGGCUGGCUGUGCCUUCUGGUGCCAGGACCAAGGAAAUGCUGGGAUCUGGGCAGUGCUCAGAGGCAGCACCGUAUGGCAGAACCAUGAGGGUGCACCAGCACGGACCCCUUUCUGCAACCUACCCAUCCCUCUCUGCAGCACCUCGCCUCCUCCAGGCAAGAAUCUGAGCCUUGACCACAGCUCCCUCUCUCACACAGCUUCCUUCUUCAGUUAGAACCACCUGGAGGUGACUAUGGCCAUGGCUCUGACUGACAUAGACCUGCAGCUGCAGUUCUCCAUGUCCCAACCCGAAGCCCUCCUUCUCCUGGCAGCAGGCCCAGCUGACCACCUCCUGCUGCAGCUCUACUCUGGACACCUGCAGGUCAGGCUUGUCCUGGGACAGGAGGAGCUGAGGCUGCAGACCCCAGCAGAAAUUCUACUGAGUGACUCUGUCCCCCACACUACAGUUCUGACUGUCUCAGAGGACUGGCCCACAUUGUCAGUCAAUGGGUUUCUGAAUGCCUCCUCUGUAGUCCUGGGAGCCCCCCUAGAAGUCCCCUAUGGGCUCUUUGUUGGGAGCACUGGGAGACUUGGCCUGCCCUACCUGAGGGGAACCAGCCAUCCCCUGAGGGGUUGCCUCCAUGCAGCCGCUCUCAAUGGCCGCAGACUCCCCCAGCCUCUGACCCCCAAUAAGCAUGAGGGCUGUGCUGAAGAGUUUUCUGCCAAUGACGAUGUGGCCCUGGGCUUCUCUGGGCCCCACUCUCUGGCUGCCUUCCCUGCCUGGGGCACUCAGGAUGAAGGAACCCUGGAGUUUACACUCACCACACAGAGCUGGCAGGCACCCUUGGCCUUCCAGGCAGCAGGCUGGCAUGGGGACUUCAUCCAUGUGGACAUAUUUGAGGGCCACCUGUGGUCCAUGGUUGAGAAGGGCCAGGGUACUGUGUUGCUCCUCAACAGUGUGCCUGUGGCUGACGCACAGCCCCACAAGGUCAGCAUCCACAUCAACACUCACCAGCUAGAAAUCUCCAUGGACCGGUACCCCACAUGUACUUUGAACCGAGGAGUCCUCAGCUACCUGGAGCCACGUGACAGUCUCCUUCUUGGGGAGCUGGUUGCAGAGGCCUCUCGUCACCUCCAGGAACACCGCUCAGGCCUGACACCAGGGGCUGCCAAUGCCUCCCUGCUGGGCGGCUGCGUGGAAGACCUCAGUGUCAAUGGUUAGAGGCGGGGGCUGUGGGAAGCCUUGCUGACACACAACAUGGUGGCUGGCUGCAGACUGGAGGAGGUGGAGGAGUAUGAGGACAAUGCCUAUGGCCAUUAUGAAGCUUUCUCCACCCUGGCUCCUGAGGCUUGGCUGUCCAUGGAGCUAGCUGAGCCAUGCGUGCCUGAGCCAGGGCUACCUCCUGUCUUUGCCAAUUUCAUCCAGCCUAUCAGCGCAGUGGUGGUGACCGAGGGUGGCACAGCCUGGCUUGAGUGGUGGCAUGUGCAGCCCAUGCUGGCACUGAUGGAGGCUGAACUGCGUAAAUCCCAGGUGCUGUUCAGCGUGACCUGAGGGGCACACUACAGCGAGCUCGAGCUGGAUGUCCUGGGUGCCCAGGCAUGAAAAAUGUUCACCCUCCUGGACGUGGUGAACUGCAAGGCCCGCUUCAUCCACGAUGGCCCUGAGGACACCUCUGACCAGCUGGUGCUGGAGGUGUCAGUGAUGGCUUGGGUGCCUAUGCCCUCAUGCCUGCGGAGGGGCCAAACAGACCUCCUGCCCAUCCAGGUCAACCCUGUCAAUGACCCACCCCACAUCAUCUUCCCACAUGGCAGCCUUAUGGUGAUCCUGGAACACACACACAAGCCUCUGGGGCCUGAGGUUCUCCAGGCCUAUGACCUGGACUCUGCCUGUGAGGGCCUCGCCUUCCAGCUCCUUGGCACCCCCUCUGGCUUCCCCGUGGAGCACCGAGACCAGCCUGGGGAGCCAGUGACUGAGUUCUCCUGCUGGGAGUUGGAGGCCGGCAGCCUAGUCUAUGUCCACUGCGGUGGCCCUGCACAGGACUUGACGUUCCGGGUCAGCAAUGGACUGCAGGCCAGCCCCCCGGCCAUGCUGAAGGUGGUGGCUGUCCAGCCGGCCAUACAAAUCCACCGCAGCACAGGGCUGCAUCUGGCCCAGGGCUCUGCCAUGCCCAUCUUGCCUACCAACCUGUUGGUGGAGACCAGCGCUGUGGGGCAGGAUGUGACCGUGCUGUUCCGUGUCACCGGAGGCCUGCAGUUCAGGGAGCUGCAGAAGCAGGGGGCUGGUGGGGUGGAGGAUGCUGAGUGGUGGGCCACACAGGUGUUCCACCAGCAGGAUGUGGAGCAGGGCCACGUGAGGUACCUGAGCACUGACCCACAGCACUACACCGAGGACACCGUGGAGAACCUGGAUCUGCAGGUGCAGGUGAGCUGGGAAAUCCUGAGCAAUCUGUCCUUCCUAGUGACCAUCCAGAGAGCCACUGUGUGGAUGCUGCAGCUGGAGCCACUGCACACUCAGAACACCCAGCAGGAGGCCCUCACCACAGCCCACCUGGAGGCCACCCUGGAGGAGGCAGGCCCAAGCCCCCCAACCUUCCACUGUGAGGUGGUUCAGGCUCCCAGGAAAGGCAACCUUCAACUACAGGGCACGAUGAUGUCAGACGGUCAGGGCUUCACCCAGGAUGACGUACAGGCUGCAGAGGUGACCUAUGGGGCCAUGGCACAUGCCUCAGUUGCAGUGGAGGACACCUUCUGUUUCCAUGUCACAGCUCCACCAUAUUUCUCCCCACUCUGUACCUUCUCCAUCCAUAUUGGCGGUGACCCAGACAUGCCUGUCCUCGUGGUGCCCGAGGGUGGUGAGUGUGUCCUCUCUGCUGACCAGCUCUUCAUCAAGAGUCUCAACAGUGCCAGGUACCUCUAUGAGGUCAUGGAGCAGCCCCGCCAUGGGAGGUUGACUUGGCGUGGGACACAAGACAAGAUCACUAUGGUGACAUCCUUCACCAAUGGAGACCUGAUGCAUGGCCAGCUGGUCUAGCAGCAUGAUGACUCCGAGAUCACAGAAGAUGAUAUCCCAUUUCCUGGCCACCAGGACCAGAGCAGUGGUGACGUGGCCUGGGAGGAGGUAUGGGGUGUCUUCUGAGUGGCCAUCCAGCCUGUGAAUGACCACGCCCCUAUGCAGACCAUCAGCUGCGUCUUCCAUGUGGCCUGGGGUAGGUGGCAGCUGCUGACUACAGACAACAUGGCCUUCAGCAAUGCUGAUUCGGGCUUUGCUGAGGCCCAGCUGGUGCUGACCCACCAGGACCUCCUCUCUGGCAGUAUCAUGGCCACGGAUGAGCCCAUGCAGCCCAUCUGCCGCUUCAUCCAGGAGGGCCUCAGGAAGAGGCGAGUCCUGUUCACACACUCAGGUGACCACGGCUGGAUCCCGCUGCAGGUGUCCGAUGGGCAGCACCAGGCCAUCACGGUGCUGGAGGUGCAGGCCUUGGAGCCUUACCUCUGUGUGGCCAAUGGCUCCGGCCUCAUGGUUCCUCAAGGAGGCCAGGGUACCAUCAACAUGGCCGAGCUCCACCUGGGCACCAACCUCAACAUCUGCAGUAGGGAUGAGGCCCACUACCACGUCACAGACAGCCCUCACUGGGGACAGUUGCUCCAAGCCACUCAGCCAGCCACAGCCUUCUCUCAGCAGGACCUGCUGGUUGGGGCUGUUCUCUGUGGCCACAAUGGCAGCCUCAGCUCCCGCAACACCCUGGCCUUCUCAAUGGAUGUGGGGCCAGUGCACACAGAUGCCACCCUACAAGUGACCAUUGUCCUAGAGGGCCCAGUAGCCCCACUGAAGCUGGCCCAGCACAAGAAGAUCUACAUCUUCCAGGGAGAGGCAGCUGAGAUCAGAAGGGACCAGCUGGAGGUAGCCCAAGAGGCAGUGCCGCCAGCAGACAUCGUUUUCUCAGUGAAGAGCCCACUGAGUGCCGGCUACCUGGUGAUGGUGCUGCGUGGCAUCUUGGCAGAUGAGCCACCCAGCCUGGACCCCGUGCAGAGCUUCUCCCAAGAGGCAGUGGACACAGGCAGGAUCCUCUACCUGCACUCCCGCUCUGAGGCCUGAAGCCAUGCCUUCUCGCUGGAUGUGGCCUCGGCCUGGGUGCUCCCCUUAGGACGUCACGUGGAGCUGGAGGUGCUGCCUGCUGUCAUCCCCACUGGGGGCACAAAACUUCAGCAGUAGAGGGGGCACAGUGGCAGCUGCACCCUGGCCCCUCCACUGCUCCGCGUUGCCAGGUCCUACUUCCCCACUCUCCCGGGCCUUGGCCUGCAGGUGCUGGAGCCACCCCGGCAUGGGGCCCUGCAGAAGGAGGAUGGGCCUCAAGCCAGGACCCUCAGCACCUUCUGCUGGAGAGAGGUGGAAGAGCAUCUGAUCCAGUACCUGCACGAUGGGAGCAACACUGAUGGUUUUGUCCUGAUGGCUAAUGCCUCUGAGAUGGACCACCAGAGCCAUCCUGUGGCCUUCACUGUCACCAUCCUGCCUGUCAAUGGCCAACCCCCAACCUCAUACAAACUCAGGCCUGCAGACCCCGGAGUUCAUCAUCUCGGAGCCACUGGCCAAUAUGUACUCGUGUGGGAACCAGAACACACUGAUGGAGGAGUUGGCAGAGCAGGCACAGCAGCACGACGAGAUGCUGCACACGCACCACGCGCUGAAGGAGGCGCUCAGCAUCAUCAGUGACAUCAACAGGACCACUGUCACCAUGCCCAUGCCCCCGCCCGUGGACGACACCUGGUUGCAGGUGCAGAGCAUCCCUGACGAACACAGCCCAGUCCCGGGGGCGCCUACUGCAGGUCUGAGAGUCUGAACUCCGAGAUGCUCUGGGUGUGUGGAUUUCCUUCAGCUACCCUGAUGUCCCCACUUCCAAGUCCUGACUCCUUUGAGCCAUCCCAGGGGGUGUCCGGCCACUGGACCACAGGAGCAGAGGAUGGCUGUGGGGAUCAAGGGAGACAGUGGCCAUAGGGAUGCUAUGUUAACCGCAGAUGCGGCUGUAGGAGCACUUUCCUAACUGCCAACAAUCACUAUCAAUGGCCCCUGAGGAGCAUCAGCCAUGGUACCAUCACAGCUGCUAGCGUGUGACUGAAGGCUGGGUCCCUGGCCAGCACUACUGAAGCACUACUGCCAGCCAGCAGGCUCACGGACCUUGGCCUGUUGCUCCUAGGGGUCACCUGUGCUAUUCAGCCAAGGGGACCACAGUGCCUGCUGGCCCAGCUGAGCUCCGCCUAGCAAGCCCACCUGCCUUUCCUGCCACGGAGUCUCCCUCUUCUGCUUUUCCCAGCAGGAAGGGCCCAGCCUCACCUAUGCAACCUGCAGCCCCCCGCCAACCAGUUGAGGCUCCCCUCUUAGACUUAUAAGUCUAUGGCCAGUGGCAUCUAGCUACCUGCCCUCCCUGCCUUCCCCACGGUCCCUUCAGUGGACCCUGGGCUUUCUGACUGCCCAGAGAGGGGCCUCUGGCACUCACUCCAGCCAGCCAUCCCUUAUAGCUUCACCAUUUUGGUUCAAGCAGUGUUCCUUCUGUCAGGCUUGGUGGCUGUUGGGUGGGGCUCCCCAAGCAAGAGGUGGCCCUGGGCCAGUGGGUUGGAAGAUGGGGUGACCAGAGAAGAGGGAAGCCGGUGGGGUUGAGCAUUGGUCUGAACUGUGGGUGGACUGCCUGGGUGCCAUGAGAGAGGCCAGUGUGUGUGGGGUGGGGAGGGCCGCCGCAGCCCCCAGGCACUACCUAUGAAGCUCCAGCUUCUCCCUCCAUCUUCCUCCCCUUUCCCUUCCAGCCCCUCUUUUCCAGGAACCUUGCCACGCCCACACCUACGCCUUCCCCUCCCCGGCUCUUAGAUGAUGGUGGUGUUUAUCUCCCUGUUCUUGGGAGCCCAAAAAGAAUGGCAUGCAGGGGUUGCUGCCCAUGCCUGGGUGCUCCUGGGGAGUCCUGCAUUACAGGAAGCAGCUGCUGGAUCUGCUGUGCAGUGGGGUUGUCGUGGGGAGAAUCCUCCCUGUCCUCUCCUGGUGCAGCCUCCACGCUAUCAGUGAGGCUCACCUCACAAAGAUCUUCAGAGAGAGGGAGGGGGGUGGGAAUCUGAGCACAGUUCGAUCCUCCCCUGCUCCUAUAUGCCUACCCCACCUGAGGGCUCUACUCACCACCCUGCUUGUCAGCACACCCAAGCUCCUGGGCUAUUGGGGCUCCUAGAGUGGGCUCAUCAGCAGGGUUCUGGGCAAUGGUCAGAAUUUGCCAUGCCCCUCCUUGUGGUCGCCCACAAACUGCAACACCUGCCCUGCAGCUCCAGCAGGUUCACCUGGAGGAAGGGGUGUUAGCUGCCAUGCCGGUGCCGGCACCCACGUUCACGUUUACCCCCACCCCCACCCCCACAGAGAUGUUGCACACCCUACCUUCAUCUCCUCCUGGUCCUGGGCCAGCCUGACGAUGUCCUCCUCUCCCAGUGCUGCGUCUCUGACACUGCCCCCUGGCUGAUGUACUUUCCUGUAGGAGGACAUGGCUCAGAUGCUGGGGCCCCUCGGACGGCCUGGCAGCUCCCCCAGCGGUGCCCUAGCCUCUCGCUCACUACUCACUAUGGUGUCUGUCUGUCCUGAGAGGUGGAUGAAUUGAAGCUCUAGUUUCUCUACCUGCUCCUUCAGGUCCACCUUCUCCUUCCAUAAAGUCGCUGUGGAGCCAAAAUAAUGGGGUCACAUGUCGGGAGUCACCUGCCUUGUCCUGCCCCCCCGCCCCCCUUGUUGGCCCAUGCCAGGACCUACUCACCUGCAGCUUCUCCAUGGCCCCCUGCAGGGCCCGGUGGGUCUCCCCAAACACAGACUCACCCCCACUCUGGGGCUGGGGCCGCUACCUCUGGCUUUUUCUGGGACGAGGCCACUGGGUGAGCCAGGGGCUGGCAGCACACCCUUUGUUCCUCCUGGGCACUGGCUCCAGCGGAGUUGAAAAAUGCCACCUGAAGACAAGAGGUGAGUAUUCUUGUAGGGGUAUACACAUAACAACUGGGGCAGGGAGAUGGAGCAUAGCCCCUUCCUUUCGGGCCUCACAGAGUGCACCUGUUGGUCACAGGUGAAAUGGUGUCUGACCACUGGCUCCCGGAAGGAGUGAAAGUCCACAGAAAUCAGAAGGCGGGGAAACCAAGAACAUAAGGGGGUUUCGGAGGGACCACAGAGGAAGGUGGCAAAGUAGGGGCAGGGAAAGUCAGGCUCACCAUGGCCUCCCGGCUCUCCAGGUCCCCUGGGAUGUUCGGCAUGGGCCGAGGCGCCUCCUGCUCACUGUCCAGAUGUCCUCCUCCAUCUCCUGUGGGGGGUGGCCAGAGGGGUCCUCAGACAACCCAACAAGGGAGGUACAGUGGGCCCACCUCUGCCCCCACACUCACUGUGUAAUCUUGAGCCAGCCCCUCCCCAGAGGGGAAUGAGCUGUUCUUUAUUUUGAAUUUUAAGAACCAAGAUCUUGCUAUAUUGCCCAGGCACAGUCCCACUACCGAUUGGUGCAGGAAUUCUGACCUGCUCCCCUUCUGACCUGAGCCAGUUCUCUCACCCUUAGGCAACCCGAUGGCCCCCUGUUCCCAGGAGGUCACCAUACUGAUACUGAACUUAGUGCGGACACCUUGUCGGCAUAAUGACCGACACAAAAUGCUUAAAAGGUAACCUGACUCUUUGUUCAGGGCUCAGUCCUUUAGAUGUUAAUCUGACUGGGCCGGUGCACCUAAAUAAUAUAUAUCCUCCUCAGUCUCUCUGAUUCCUAAAUUAUGCUGCUGUACGGGGAGAGAGGCAGCAGGGUAGUGGAGUCAUACCAAGCAACAAGACAGGGUAGUGGCCAGGCAUGGUGGCUCACACCUGUAAUCCCAGCAAUUUGGGAGGCCAAGGCGGGUGGAUCACCUGAGGUCAGGAGUUCGAGACCAGCCUGGCCAACAUGAUGAAACCCCGUCUCUACUAAAAACACAAAAAUUAGCUGGGCAUGGUGGCAGGUGCCUGUAAUCCCAGCUACUCAGGAGGCUGACGCAGGAGAACUGCUUGAACCCAGGAGAUGGAGGUUGCAGUGAGCCAAGAUUGUGCCAUUGCACUCCAGCCAGGGGGACAAGAGGGAGACUUCACCUCGAAAGAAAGAAAGACAGGCUAGUACGUUUUCCACAAAUUUCAAUUUUACUCUCUUCCCCCACCACACACACACACAACGCAUUUGAGGGAUGGGAGGAAGAAACUGAGAUCACAGGGAAAAUUGUAAGAGACAUUCAGAAGGACAGGUCUCAGAAAUUUACUAGUUUGGGGGGGUCAGAACAGGUGUAUAUAAAAGAAUAUUAAGACAGUUCCCAGGUUUAGGCAUAUGUGACUAGAUAGAGUGCUAGGAGAUGGAUACGUGAAAAUUUAAAUAUCAUCAUUUUGAACACCCAUGUCACUCCAAGUGAGAUUCCCUAAAUAUAUGAUAUACAGACAGAUAUAUGGGUUUGAAACUCUGGAGAUGAAUACAAAUUUAGGAGUCCCUGCAACACAGGUCAUGACUUAAGUAACGGGAGUCAAAGAUUACUCAGAGAAAGCACAGAAUGAGAAGAGAAGAAAGAAGUAGGACAAGGAAGAAGAGAUCGGAGGAGACCAAGGCAGGGUGAUAAGAUCAAAACAGGAGAAAAGAAUCCGACAGAAGUCUCAUUUGAUUAUCAUGUCCCUUCCCAGAGGACAGGGACAUGUCUUUUAUACCCAAUUAUCACAGGUCCUGGUGCAGCAGACACACAGUUUUUUUUUUUUAAUUGUGUUGUACUAUUCACAGUUUCCUGUAUUCACCAGGGGAGAAAAAAGUAAGUAUAAAGAAGCACAGACACAGAUGUUUUUACACUGUGUACUAAAGGGGUCAGAUUAUACACAAUAUUUUAUGCCUUACUUUUUUACUUAAUAUAUCUUAGAAGUUUGCACAUGCUCUUAUGGAAAGACUGGCUGCAUUUUUUGGUCCACAACAGAACAACAGAAUAUUCUAUUAUAAAACGGUACACUAUAAUUUUUAUUUAACCAACUCUUUAUUGGUGGACAUUAAGAAUGGAGGAAUGUUUCAACAAAGGAUCAACAGUAUCAAAAUACUGCAGAGGGGUCAAUUUGGGGACUAAGAGGGGAGCCACUGGAUUUGACAACUAGGAGAUAAAUUUUAGUGCAACGAUGAAGGCAGAAUCCAGAUUAUAAUGAGCUCAGUGAAAAAAGGUGAAGACAUGUAGCUUAUUCUCUCAAGAAACUAGGCUAUGAUAAACUGGCAGAGGCUCUAAGAGUGGGAGGUGAGUUGUUUUCUCCUUCAUGUAAACAUAUUUACCUUUUAAACACUAGGCCCAAUUUUAUAUCCUAUUUCAUUUAACUUUAUAAACAUAUUUAUGUAUGUAUGCAUGUAUGUAUGUAUCUCAUGUGAUGUUUUAGACACUGAAAAAUAACUCAUUUCUAUUAUAAAACUGAUAUCUUUAGAUGUUCAGAAGCAACUUCCUAAAAGGAGGUAGCAGUAAUGGAGCUAUGUCUAUCAGUCUUUCCCAUCAACCCCCUUGCUGGAGAUGUAAACAUGUGUCCAUCAAGCCUUUAAUUUUUACCUCUUAUCUUCAUGGCUCUCCAUACAAAACUUAACUCUUUUUUUUUCUAUUUGUAUAUGUAUAUUUAUAUGUAUAUCUAUAUCGAGAGAGAGAGAGAGAGAAAGAGUCUUGCUAUGUUGCCCAGGCUGAUCUCAAACUCCUGGGCUCAAGGAAUCCUCCCACCUUGGCCUCGCAAAGUGCUGGGAUUACAGGCGUGAACCACUGUGCCCAGCCUCAGCCUUAACUCUUAAAAUAUCUUCAAACCAAUAUUCUUCUGUUCUAAUUUUUAAGAAUAGAUGUGUUUAAACCAACUGUAACUUAUUUUGACAAAAAUUGGAGUUAAGACUCAGACUUCCUCAAAUAGUUCUCCUAAAACCAUUUACAGAAUAAUCUAUCUUUUCAGUAUUAAGUUAAAAUACCACCUUUUCCUUAUACUAAAUUCUCGUUUGCAUGACUCUGGUUCUAAACUUCCAUUGCCUUUAUCUGUCUGGCCCAGGAAUAGUCCACAAUAUUUUACUACUAUCUGGUUGAAAGAGUCUAUACUUUAUUAAUUUUUAUUAUUUAUUCUUCUAAACAAAUUUUAGAGUCGUUUUGUCAAGUGUCAAAAAUAAAUCUGCCAGAAUUUGUACUGAAAUUUGUGUGUGUGUAUAUAUAUAUACACACACUAUAUAUAAAAUAUAAAAUGUAUAUAUAUAAUUUAUAUAUAUAAAUAUUUAUAAAAUAUGAAAUAUAUAUAUACACACACACAUUUUUCUUGCUUUUUUUUUUUUUUUUUGAGACAGGGUCUCACUCUGUCACCUAGGCUGGAGUUCACAGGCAUGAUCUCGGCUCACUGCAACCUCUGCCUCCCAGGCUCAAGUGCUCCUCCCACCUCAGCCUCAGGAGUAGUUGGAAAUACAAGUGUGUGCCACAGACACCCAGCUAAUUGUCAUCUACCCGCCUCAGCUUCCCAAACUGUUUGGAUUACAGGUAUGAGCCACUGUGCCCAGCAGAAAUUACAUUUACAAAUUAAUAUGAAGACAUGGUGAUAACUAACAUAUUUAUAACAUGAAAUCUGCUCAUCCAGGAACAUAGAAUGCAAAUCUUUCAUUCCACUCAGCAAAAUUUUGUCCUGUCCUUGAUAAAAGUCCUGCACAUCUAAGUUUAUUCCUAGGUAUUUAAUUUUUGCUGAAAUACCUGAAAAAAUACUUCAUCACUAUAUCUUCUAUGUGAUUAUAGCUAACAUUGGGGAAGGCUAUUGAUUUUUAUAUAAAAGAACUUUUAACCAGUAAUCUUAAAAAUUGUUUUUCUCAGUUGGUUCCUUUGGAUAUUUUUAGGUAAACAAUCAUGUCAACUGAAAAUAAUGAUUAUUUUUCUAUAAAGACUAUGACAUCACAGGAAAAUACAGUAAAUACUUUUUAAAAGAAUAUAAAAGGGCCAGGCACAGUGGCUCACGCCUGUAAUCCCAGCACUUUGGGAGGCCAAGGUGGGCAGACCAUGAGGUCAGGAGAUCGAGACCAUCCUGGCUAACACGGUGAAACCCCAUCUCUACUAAAAAAUACAAAAAAAUAGCCGGGAAUGGUGGUGGGCGCCUGUAGUCCCAGCUACUGGGGAGGCUGAGGCAGGAGAAUGGUGGGAACCCAGGAGGUGGAGCUUGCAGUGAGCCGAGAUCACGGCACUGCACUCCAGCCUGGGUGACAGAGCGAGACUCUGUCUCAAAGAAAAAAAAAAAAAAAGAAUAUAAAACUAUAGGGAAUAUGACCUCAACUAUUUAAACAUAUGUGUAAGGGUUAUGUAUUUUAAUAGCAAAGAAAAAAUAUAUACUGGUAGAAAAUGGCCAUCAUGUCAACAGUCAAUAGUGGUUAUAUUAGAUAGAGAAAUUAUGGGAGACUUUAAUUUUUUUCUUUUUUCUGUACUUUACCAAUUUUCUCAACAAUGGUUGCUUAUGAGUUUUAUAAUUAAAAAAAGGUUUUAAAAAUUUUUCCAACAUGGAAAGUUAUAUUUCUUUAUAUACUAAAACAAAAACAAAACUUUCUAUUUGAAUACCUAUGGCAAAACCCUAUCUCUACAAAAAAUACAAAAAAUUAGCAAGGUGGGGUAGUACACACCUGUAGUCCCAGCUACUCUGGAGGCUGAGGUGGGAGGAGCACCUGAGUCCCCAGAGAAUGAGGCUCCAGUGAGCCGUGAUCAUAGCACUGCAUUCCAGCCUGGGAGACACAGAAAGACCCCAUCUCAAAAAAAAAAAAAAAAAGAAAGAAAGAAAAAAGAAAUAUCCAUAAUGAUCUGAAAUGCCUAUCUGUAUAAGACUGUCCUUUGUUCACAAUUUUUCAAGCAAAUAUCACACAAUAAAUUGAAUGCAGGUACAAAUGACAUAUCAAACAUCAAAGAAAUUUGCAAAAGAUGUAAGACUGUACUACCUUGGGUUUAGAAAUUUUCUUAUAAAAGCAUUUAUAACAAUAUUUUGUGAGCUUUUAAGGAAUAUUUUAAGUAUUUCUGAUUUAAUUUCUAGUGAUAAAUACCAAUAGAUAUAACCUACAUUCACAAAAGCUCCUUGGGCCCUCAAUAUACUUUUAAGAGUGUAAAGGAAUCCUGACCCCAAAACUUGGAGAACUGCUGCCUUCCCCUCUACUUUAUUCCUUCCCUAGAAUUUCUUCCUUGGAAGAAACAUUCCUUUGCCAUUCUAUGUUAACUUACAUAGUUCCACUGAGGCCAGUUUUGCUACCUCUCUCCCAUCUUUCCACAUCCCUCUCUUGACACAAAACCUGACCAAAGGACUCUACAGGCCCACCCCAUUUCCAGUGAUUAGCUGUCAGGUGGGCUAAGCCAAGAAAAUCUGGGUUUUCCCUGAGACUAGACCUCUCUUUCUGGGAGAUAUGGAAUCACAGGGACAAGGCUGGUCCUGUCAGAAUUCAUCUUGUCUAAAUGGGAAGAGGUUAGGCAAGUUUCUAGAAUGCCAGACUGCUUUCUAGAAAGUCAAAGAUAAUUAUACUUUCUGCCACGACUGUGAAAAUGCCCAUUUCAUUGCACGCUUUCUAACAUUUUUACCAAUCUGAUAAAUAAAAGCUGGUACCUAGAAGAAAAAAAGGCUGGGUAUGGUGGCUCAUGCCUGUAAUCCCAGUACUUUGGGAGACCAAGGUGAGUGGAUCACCUGAGGUCAGGAGUUCGAGACAAGCCUGGCCAACAUGAUGAAACCCCAUCUCUAGUAAAAACACAAACAUUAGCCGGGCAUGGUGGCAGGCCCCUGUAAUCCCAACUACUCGGGAGGCUGAGGCAAGAGAAUCACUUGAACCUGGGAGGUGGAGGUUGUAGUGAGCCAAGAUCAUGCCAUUGCCCUCCAGCCUGGGUGACAAGGUGAGACUUUGUCUCAAAAAAAAAAAAAAAAAAGUUUCCAUACAAUAUAAUUUGUUCCAUCUCUAAAAACCAAUUCAGCAAUAACUGAAAGCCACCACUUGGAAGGUUUCAAGGAUUUAGCUCUACCUGUUGAUGUCCAAAGCAUUAGUUAAGGUAGAAAAAAAAUACACACACACACACACACUCUCACCCCUAUGUAGUCUGUACCAGGAAACACGAAAGACUAGAUGGUACAGUCAUCCAACACAAAGCACACAAUAACUGAAGGCACUGUAGAGGAGUAACUUAUGACACAGAUCUACAAUAUUGUUGAGUGAAAAUGCAGAUUACAAAAAAAAAUCUGAUUUUUUAAGGGAGAGGGAACACAUACAAGCAAAGGAGAAAAGAGAUGAGCAGAUGACUGAAAGAU